AUGAACAACACCGCUGGAUCCUACGCGCUCGUUGGAGCUAAGGUUCCAUCCGAUUCGACUAUCGCAAAGAAGCUCAGGGAAGCAGGAGCCAUCAUCUUAGGGAAGACAAACCCCAGCGAAUGGGGCAGCUUUAGGAUACCAUGGAACUCGAGCAAUGGGUGGUCAGCAUAUGGUGGACAAACCUACGGAGCGUUCUACCCUCAUCAAGAUCCAUCUGGUAGUUCCAGUGGAAGUGCGGUUGCAGCUUCCGAGCGCAUGGACACCAUCGGGCCCCUAACAAAAACCGUCAAAGACUCCGCCUACGUCCUCCAAAGCAUCGUAGGCACCGACGUAUACGACAACUACACCUCUGUCAUCCCAGACAACGUCGACAAAGACUUCGUCGGCGCCUGUAAACGCUCCGCGCUUAAAGGUGCACGUCUAGGCGUCCCUCGCAACGUCAUCAGCCUCAUGUCCGACAACACAACAGUAUCCACAAUCGCAGCCUUUAACGCCACCCUAGACAUCCUCCGCUCAGCAGGCGCAUCAGUCAUCCACACCGAUUUCCCAGCCGCCCAAGCCUUCCUAAACGACACCCUCCUAGCCCUACAAAUCAUGUCCGCCGAUUUCGUCGUAAACAUCGAGUCGUACCUCAAACGCCUCACUUACAACCCGCACAACAUCUCCACCUUAUCCUCACUACGAAACUGGACGCGUCAAAGCCUACUAGAAGGCUACCCCGGCAAAUCAACCGGAGUCUGGGAUUUCGCGCUGGAGAAUUGGAAUAACACGACCCCAGAAUUCUGGCAAGCGUACCAAAAAGGUCUGUACUACGAUGGCGAGGGAGGGUUACUUGGAACGAUAAAACGGCACGGUCUUGAUGCUGUUGUCUUACCGUCGAAGUUUUCUUGGUCCUUUGCUGCUGUUGCUGGAGCGCCGGUUGUGAGUAUACCGAUGGGGGCUAUGGGGGGUGGGCAGCCGGUUUUGGUUGAUCCUGAUGGGUUGGUGGGGUCGGCGCCGGGUAUUCCGUUUGGGUUCAGUUUCUUGGGGGAGAGGUGGAGGGAUGCGAGGAUUGUUGGAUUGGCGUAUGCGAUGGAGCAGCGGACGCGCGUGAGAGGGACAGUAAAGCCGAUUGUUAGGCCAUGGACUGAGCUGGGGGAUGUUGUUGGGAUGGAAUAG